AUGUUCAGAUUUUCGUUUGACAACUCCGACCCAUUCGCUCUCCCCGACCCGAGCGACCAGUUUGGGGGAGGUCCAUAUCCCGUAGGCCUCCAUGACGGCCCCGAUUCUCUUGAUCCGGAACAGCUUGACUUCGAUGUCCAUGGCUACGACUCCUCGGCUCGAGGCCAUCCUUCGGAACAAGAGAUUGUCCGCUGUGAACCAGUCGUCGCUGCGAGUGACCUUCCUUCUUAUACCGAGCCCCAAGCUGUCGGUGGUUGCUCUGUUUCCGGCCAAGGGGUACUCGCCAGUGGACCUGGGCCGUUUGCACACGCUCUUAGCGGGCCACACAGCGCCCUCGCCAACUUCUUCUCCAACCAGUCCUGCCCUUAUGGCGCGCAGUCUAAGCUCGAUACCUGUGUUACCUGCGAGCAGGGCUACUUCUCCUUGGAGUCCGGCUAUGGGGGCUUUGGGCCUGCCGCUGGGGCGCAUGGCCGUAUCUUUCCUAGCGAGUGGCACGCAAACCUUCCCAUCUGCCAGGAGGCCUCGGGUUUCCAGCCGGUCGGGACUCGCGCUGCUCUUCCAGCUGACGGUCUUGGCCUUAAGAGACAUGGGAAAAAUCAUGCAGAGUCGCUCAACCGCUGGGAUGAUGAGUGGAAGACCUGCUUCCUGAAGGCCGUUCUUAGCUUGGGAAUUGGGAAUGCUAAGACGAUGAGCAUUCUCGAGUUCAUGAGGAUGGAGUGCCCAGAUCGUCGCAUUGAGAAGAAGCACGUUGAGUCUUACUGGCAGAACUUUCGCCGUAAGCUUCGUGCUCAGCACGGGCUAUCUAGAAUUGAGGUUCCCAAGAACGAGCAUCUGCCGAAGCCGAAGGACAUCCCGGCCUUUCUUCGCCAUCUGGCUGACCGCUGGCUACCCCAGUGA